UAUGACGUCGUGACAAUUAGAAGUGCAUAAUUUAUUCAUCGGCCGGUACGUAUACAUCAUCGCGCCUGUCUCCCCUGACGUGUGAAAUUCGCCACGAAGAGGCAGGUUUCCCUCACGGAAAUAAUUUGUUACAUCGAUAGCAUCAAAGGAAAAUGUUAAAGCGUCUUUGUGUGAAAGAGCAGAGGCCGAAUAUGUUCACUGACACUUCAAUUUGAUUUGCUACAAGGGACGAAUUGACAUGGAGAAGUCGUCUAACUCGGAAUUCAAAGACAUGUCCAUUUACUGGUCGGUUUUUUUCUUAAAGGCAGCAGGCAUGUGGCUGACGUCGGACGAUAAAGAGGAACGCCAUAGGAGAUACGUUUAUGCGCUCAGUGCCUUCGCGCUUAUAUACGGUAUCUAUGUGAACACCAUUGAUUGUUAUUACAGCUGGGGUGAUCUAAGCCAUUGCAUAUUCUUGAUUAAUAAUACACUGUGCAUUUUGCUUGGUAUAUACAAAAUAACAAUUUUAACUACUCAGAGAAUGGAGUUCAGGAAGAUUGUCCUAUACGCGCAGAAGAAUUUUUGGCACUCGAAUUACAGUGGAUACGAAAAGGAAGUUUUUGUGCAGUGUCAAAAAUUUUGCAAACUAUGGCUCGUAACUGUAAGCUUCCUUACACAAGCCAGCCUAGCGGGCUAUGCGAUUACCCCUAUCGUUUUGAAUAUAGGAAAGAACGAGUCAGACAGAGUACUUCCGUUCAAUAUGUGGUUGGACUUGCCGCUGUCACUGUCACCGUACUACGAAUUAGUAUUCAUCUUUCAGAUGUUGUGUGUGUAUCAAAUCGGGAUCGUCUAUAUCUGCAGCGACACGUUUUUGUGUAUAUUGAAUAUACACGUAAUUGGUCAACUCCGAAUUCUGCAAUAUAAAUUCUUGAAACUUCAGUCACCUACCAAAACGGACUUGAUCGACUGCGUGAACGAGGAUUACUUAAAGCUGAAGAAGUGCAUACGAGAUCACCAAGCGCUGAUUAAAUUCUGCGACAUGCUCGAAGGCGUUUUCUCGCUGCCGAUCCUUGGUCACAUGGUCGUCUUCAGCUUGCUUAUGUGCUUCGACACGUACGAGAUACUUCUGGCAGACGGACCCCUCGUGUCGCAGACUAUUUUCGUUUUCCAUAUGGUCGGUAGUUUUCUGCACAUAAUUUUAUUCACGUCCAGUUGCCAAGGACUGAUCGACGAAAGUACGAAUGUUAGCCUAGCGGCGUACUCAUCCUGGUGGAUGGAUUGUCCGAUGAACAAAGUCGGCAUAAUGCUGCGAAGAGAUAUUCUGAUAAUACUAUUGAGGACACGGAGACCGUGCUGUCUGACCGCUGGUGGAUAUUUCCCUGUGUCUUUGGAAACUUCUACUGCUCUGAUGAGUUCUACGAUGUCGUACUUUACGCUUAUGAGGGAGUCCUCGGCCAAGGAAUAGCAAGUCAAUCACACAAUAUAAUAGACAUAAGAUUUGCAUAUCGAUUUCACUACACUUACUGUUGUGAACAUUUUUAUAUUUAGGACACAAAAAUUUAAUAAACAUUCGACAAAUGACUGAUAAUAUUAUAUAGGUCUCGUUGCAUGUUAAUAGUAUCUGUAAUGUUCAAUGUUAAACGAUACAAACAUGAUUGUAGUCAAUACAAGUUGAAAGCAAUAAUCCAAAAAAAAUUAACAACUUUAUAAUCCACAUGCCACAUGUGGAUUAGGUCCUCAUGAAAAUAUUACAAUGCUAGUCUUAUUAGGUCGAAGUACAAUUAGCAGCAUAUCCUGCGUGCAGGAUGGACCAAAAAAUCGUUUCCGGUAUCCU